CCCGGGGGGCCGGCACGAGCGUGGGCUCUCCUUCUACCUGCCACGAAACCAGAUUUAUUUCCCAAAUGUAUUUAUUGCAUUUUAUUUUAUUACUGAUUCUGCUUAAGGCUACGUGGUGAUGUAAAUACUGCCCGCCCAGCGUGGAAACCGGACGCGGCUUUGCCGGCGAGUUUCGCGGAGCCAGGCGGUGCCAGCCUCCCUUGAAAAGUUUAUUCUCCAGCCAAGGAAACGGCAGGGAGGACUGUAAAGAGCCAAGAACGAGAUGGACUUACCAUGAAAGACUUGGAGAUCUUGGUAUACAAAUCCUCAACCAUCAGCUGCAGAUGAACAGCCUAUGCUUCGGAGAAUGGAUGUGAAUGUGGACUGGGACUCUGAGAAGUACAUUUGUGACACAGGUGAGAAGCAUUCAAAUUAUUGCCGAAAGGCCACUAAGCAGGUGGACCACACAUCUAGCCUCCAGAAGGAGCUAGACAUGAACUACUCACAGACAUGCAGUCCUCCUUGCAACUCUGCUGGACCUUCAGAUAAGCAGGAGCUUCCUGCAGAGUUGCAGUGUGAAGGCAAAGAAUCCUGUGAGACCUACUACCAGAAACGAGGUGAGGGUACAGCUGGGGUGUUUGUCCCCUCCAGUACCAACUUUGACCUGCAGUGUGAAGAUAAAGAUGUAGAGCACUGUUCCUCCGAGCGGCCCAAGAAACCACGGCGAAGGCCUCGUGACGAAAACACCGACCUUGCUGAUGUGUUUGAUGAGGACCUGAAGCCUGUCUCUGAGGAAGCUUUGCCCUACCGAUGCAAGAAGUGUGGUUCCUCUUUCCAGGGCACGAGUGAGCUGCAGGAACACAAGCGGACUCACCUUGUGGAAAGCUCGUACCGCUGCCCCGUCUGUGCCAAAGAGUUCUUCCGCGCCGCAAACCUGCGGAUGCACAAGCUCAUUCACUCCAGUGACAGGCCCCACAAGUGUCCCGAGUGUGACAAGGGCUUCAUCCGCACGGCCGAUGUCUGGAGGCACCUUCGCAACGUGCACAAGAUAGAGCGCUCCAUGGUGAUCUUGGCAAACGGCAUGGCCAGGAACCCCUGGUCGGUCGUGCACCGUCACCAGCAGGGGGUUGAGUACACCGACCAGCCUUGUGCACAGACCCAAAAAUCUGAGGAAGACGACGAUAAACCUCACACGUGCGCCACGUGUGGCAAAGGUUUCGAUAAGCCUAACCUGCUUUCCAAACACAAGGUGAUCCACCGACAAGACAAGCCCUAUAAGUGUCAGGAGUGUGGCAUGGCCUUCGUCCAGCUGCUCAGGCUGAAGAGGCACCAGCAGACCCACACUGGGCAGCGGCCCUUCUAUUGCGAGGAGUGUGGCGGGACGUUCACGCGGUUGGCGUCGCUCCAGCGCCAUCACCGCAUCCACACGGGAGAGAAGCCCUACUCCUGCACUUACUGUGGUCACUCCUUCACCGAGUCAGGGACCCUGCGGAGGCACGAGCGCACCCACAAGCUGGACAAACCUUAGUUCGUUUGGGAUUGUGGUCUGCUUGGUUGUUUCUUGCCUGAACGAGGCUUGCUCAGCUGGACUGGAGAGAGCACUUCGCUGCAUGCGCUCUAGCCAGCCCAGACACGCUUCCCAGCAGUGGCUGACAGGGAAUGCUACAUCACAGGAAUCUCUGGAAGCUCCACUGGUAGAGAUUACACUCACUGACUUUAAACUGGUUUUUGGAUGAAUAAAAAAACUCAUUUACCACUGAGUAAUGAAA